GUUCCCUCCCCUUCAGAUCUACAGUUGUAAGAUAGGAGUAACCAACAUGUGGUGAAGUGCAGGAGCUGACAGGCCCCAUUCACUGCAGAAACACACACUCUUUAGAUCACAGCUCAAACUACUUUCAAUUCCCAGGAAGUGAAACUUAGACAGGCGUUGUCACUGAGAGGAGAAAUGGCGCAGAAAGGAAUUCAACUGGACCAGGAAACUUUCUCUUGUUCGAUCUGUCUGGAUCUACUGAAGGAUCCGGUGACUAUUCCCUGUGGACACAGCUACUGUAUGGACUGUAUUAAAACCCACUGGGAUGGAGAGGAUGAAAAGAAAAUCUACAGCUGUCCUCAGUGCAGAGAGACUUUCACACCGAGGCCUGUCCUGCUGAAAAACACCAUGUUAGCAGAUUUAGUGGAGGAGCUAAAGAAGACUGGACUCCAAGCUGCUCCUGCUGAUCACUGCUAUGCUGGACCUGAAGAUGUGGCCUGUGAUGUCUGCACUGGGAGAAAACUGAAAGCACUCAAGUCCUGUCUGGUGUGUCUGGUCUCUUACUGUGAUCAACACCUUCAGCCUCAUUAUGAAUUACCUAUAUUUGAGAAACACAAGCUGGUGGAGCCCUCCAAGAAUCUCCACGAGAACAUCUGCUCUCAUCAUAAUGAGGUAAUGAAGAUUUUCUGCAGUACUGAUCAGCAGUGUAUCUGUUAUCUCUGCUUAAUGGAUGAACAUAAAGGCCACGACACAGUCUCAGCUGCAGCAGAAAGGACUGAGAGGCAGAAAGAGCUCGAGGAGAAUCAACAAAACAUCCAGCAGAGAAUCCAGGACAGAGAGAAAGAUGUGAAGCUGCUUAAACAGGAGGUGGAGGCUAUCAAUCGCUCUGCUGAUAAAGCAGUGGAGGACAGUGAGAAGAUCUUCACUGAGCUGAUCCGUCUCAUGGAGAAAAGACGGUUUUAUGUGGAGCAGAAGGUCAGAUCGCAGCAGAAAACUGAAGUGAGUCGAGUCAAAGAGCUUCAGGAGAAGCUGGAGCAGGAGAUCACUGAGCUGAAGAGGAAAGACGCUGAGAUGAAGAAGAUCUCAGACACAGAGGAUCACAACCAGUUUCUACACAACUACUCCUCACUGUCACCACUCAGUGAAUCUACAGACUCACCCAGCAUCAAUAUCCGUCCUCUGAGCUACUUUGAGGACGUGACAGCGGCUGUGUCAAAAGCCAGAGAUACAAUACAGGAGACUCUGAGUGAGAUAUGGACAAACAUCUCACUGACUGUGACUGAAGUGGAUGUUUUACUGUCACAACCAGAGCCCAAGACCAGAGAUGACUUCUUAAAAUAUUUGUGUGAAAUCAUACUGGAUCCAAACACAGCACACCAAGAGCUGUUAUUAUCUGAGGGGAACACGAAAGCUACAUCAGUAAAACAACUACAGCGUUAUCCUAGUCACCCAGACAGAUUCACUAGGUCUAAACAGGUCCUGAGUAGAGAGAGUCUGCCUGGACGUUGUUACUGGGAGGUUGAGUGGGAUGGGAAAGGAAUUGAUGUAGCAGUUGCAUAUAAGGAUAUCAGCAGAACAGGGAGCUCGGAUGAAUGUGGAUUUGGACGGAAUGACAAAUCAUGGGCGAUAAAAUGUGACUGUAACUGGAUUAGGUUUUGGCACAACAACGUUGAAUAUUCCAUCUCAGGUUUAUAUCCCUGGAAAGCAGGAGUGUACCUGGAUCACAGUGCAGGUAUUCUGUCCUUCUACAGCUUCUUCACUGACAGGAUGACUCUCCUCCACAGAGUCCAGACCACAUUCACUCAGCCUCUCUAUGCUGGACUUGGUACUUUCUGGUAUGGAACCAGUGUUGAGAUUAAACUCUUAAAUUCUUUGCUUUAACUCCUAAACUUAUUUUGUCUCCAUGUUUGUUGCUGAGAGAUGAUUGUGGUGGUAUGUCUUCACUGCAUAGAGAUCAGCUGUCAAUCAAACAUUAUGGGAUGUACUUUGACAUCUUCAUAUUAGUUGUUGUAUAAAUGUUUGAGUUUCUUUAGGUGGUGCUCCGUCCUGUGUCUGUUUAGCCAUGGAGGCUAUCACUGAUGCUCAUGAUGAUGUUAGUUGAUCUGAACUAAAAAUGUUAACUUCUCUGUGCUCUAAAUGUUUGAGGAAUAUUUGUACUAAUGCAUUUGUAGGUUGUUGUUUCUCUUCCACUGUAUGGGUGUUAAGAGAGAAAGCACUUAUAUUC